CCUCGCGCGAAUCACCGCAUCAUUCCAAUUCCUUUUGAAACACAGAGCAUCCCCAAAAGAAUUCUCGUCUAAUCGGGAAAGAGAUGUUGGGAAAAGAUUCCCUUCUUCUUCGCCGCGCAUCUCUCUUCUUUCUUCUCACACUACUGGUCUUUCCCUUCCCCGUCACUCAAUCAAAAUGCCAAAAAUACCCCCGCAUUUUCAACUUCGGCGACUCCAACUCCGACACUGGGGGCCUUGUAGCCGGCCUGGGCUUUCCCGUCAAUCUGCCUAACGGCCGUUCCUUCUUCCGUCGAUCCACCGGCCGUUUGUGUGACGGCCGUUUGGUCCUUGAUUUCUUAUGUGAAAGUUUGAACACAAACUAUUUGAGCCCAUACCUUGACUCUUUGGGUUCGAAUUUCUCAAAUGGAGUGAAUUUUGCUGUAAUUGGUUCAUCUACUCAGCCUACAUUUGUUCCCUUUAACUUGAAUGUUCAAGUGCUUCAAUUCCUUCAUUUCAAAGCUCGCACCCUCGAAAUUUUCAAAGGGUCAAGACAUUUAAUUGAUUAUGAUGGGUUCCAUAAUGCACUUUACGUAUUCGACAUUGGACAAAACGAUCUCUCUAAUGCCUUCUCUGCACACUUAUCUUAUACACAAGUCGCUGAAAGAAUCCCAUCAAUGCUUGGAGAAAUCAAAGAUGCAGUUAAGACUAUAUACAAAGAGGGUGGAAGGAGUUUCUGGAUACACAAUACUGGUCCCUUGGGCUGUUUGCCACAAAAACUUUCCUUAUUUAACAAAGAUAACAGAGAUCUUGAUUCAAAUGGAUGCCUUCAAACCUUCAACGAUGCUGCAAAAAGUUUCAAUGGUGGAUUACGUGCACUCUGUGAAGAAAUGAGAUCUGAGUUAAAGAAUGCCACGAUUGUUUAUGUAGAUAUCUACGCCAUCAAGUACGAUCUUUUCGCCAAUUCUACCAAAUAUGGUUUCAGGAAUCCAUUAGUGUCAUGUUGCGGCAUUGGUGGACCUCCAUACAAUUAUAACAUUAACGUAACAUGUGGCCAGACAGGCUACCAAGUCUGCAGCGACGGAUCACGAUAUGUGAGCUGGGAUGGAGUGCAUUACUCGGAAGCUGCCAAUGCGGUAAUCGCAUCCAAAAUCCUUUCUAUGCAGUACUCUGAACCCCGAUAUAAGUUUGACUACUUUUGCCACACUUGAAAAUGCAUCAUCUUAGUAUGUUUGAGUGGUAUGUAGUUGGUUAUUCAUGCAUGUUCCAUCUGAUACUUACCUUGAUAGUUUCCCAGCAUCAUUAGUUCGAUGCCAUGGCCCCAGUAACAGAAGCUGCUGAUGUCUUUAGUAGUAAACCUGCAAUAAUCUUUUUUGUUGGUUUUGGUUUGUGUUA